UGGUUUUAUCUGCCUUGUUCAGGGGCAGAACAACAGAUAUUUAGUUUGUCAGCUUGGGGAUUUGAACUCUGAUGCCAACCAUAUGACUUUGAGGUGUGACAGUGCACCUGUCAGAGGAACUUAAAUACAAAAGUUCAUACACUUAUCAUAUAAAUCUGCACUUGAGUGACUGACUGCCUGCAUAGAAUGAGUCACUGAUCUCAUGGUCUGAAUAGUUGGUCAAUGCUAUGGUCAAAACUAUGGUCAAUGCUACGGUCAAUGCUACGGUCAAUGCUACGGUCAAUGCUACGGUCAAUGCUACGGUCAAUGGUAUGGUCAAUGCUAUGGUCAAUGCUAUGGUCAAUGCUAUGGUCAGUGGUACGGUCAAUGCUACGGUCAAUGCUAUGGUCAAUGCUAUGGUCAAUGCUACGGUCAAUGCUACGGUCAAUGCUACGGUCAAUGCUAUGGUCAAUGCUAUGGUCAAUGCUACGGUCAAUGCUAUGGUCAAUGCUAUUGAAAGAUAUGAAAAUGUGAGGCAAUAGAAAAUAUAAAUAUUUUCACCAUACAUUUUUUUUUAAAUCGCUUAUGAAAACCACUAAAAGAAAAACAUUAUUCAGACAAUAAUGGAGUUAUCUUUAAUUUAUUGAACAAAGGUUUAUAAGAUGUAUUAGACAUGAGUCUAAUCAAAGGCAGAAUCAAUCAUUGUCAAAUGACCUUGUUUUGUAAAUACUGUCUAUGAAAUAUGCCAUCAGUGACUUGAAGUGUCAUUAUUGAUGAAUUGUAUAAUGUGUCAUGACGCACCUCCCCCAGCCGUGUGGAAUGUCAAUAGGAUCCUGAAGUUGAGGUAACCUGACACCUGACACCUGAUGAUGAUGCUGUCCUGCAUAUAAUAUAAAAUCUCCCAGCUCCCAAAAGAAUGAUUACAUUCAUCUGACAAUUAGUAAGGGUGGUAUUAUGUUGAGAGAAUAGCUUGUGGAUUGUCUAAAAGACUCAUACUGGAUUCUCUGAAGGAAGGCAGCGUCUGAGUUCAUUCACCAUGGGGAGAGAGGAUGGAGACAUGCCAGACUCUCUACCAACCAUCCCUGAGGAGGUAUUUGCAAAAGGCUACCCCAACCCGGCCUUCCAUGAGGAUACGAAGCCUCAGGAGCGGAUGACAGAGGGGCAGCCAACCGUUGACACGGAGCGCAAGCCAAAGAAGGGCCUCGGAAGGAAGAAAAAAGAACCAGCAAAAGCAGUGGGAUUUUUCCAGUUGUUCCGCUACGCUACUGGUUGUGAGGUGCUCCUAAUGAUAAUCGGCCUGCUAUGUGCUGCUCUCCACGGGAUAGCCCUGCCCCUUAUGUGUGUUGUGUAUGGACAGAUGACCGACAGCUUUGUACAAAGUGGACAGCAGCUCAACCAUACAGGUACAUAUUCUGUUUGGUUCAUCAUUGGUUUCAUCUUCGGCUGGAAGCUGACACUCGUCAUCCUGGCCGCCAGUCCUCUCCUGGCAGGAACAGUUGCCGUCUGGUCCAAAAUACUUGCCACCCUGACCAGUAAGGAGCUGUCUGCCUAUGCCAAAGCAGGGGCGGUAGCUGAAGAGAUACUGGUGGCUAUCAGGACAGUUUUGGCUUUCAAUGGGCAGAAGAAAGCUGUGGAAAGGUAUGAAAAGAACUUGGAGGAUGCUAAAAACUUUGGAAUAAAGAAGGCCAUCACCACUAACGUGGCCAUGGGCUUCACCCAGUUUGUCAUAUUUGGGACGUACGCCUUGGCUUUCUGGUACGGGACCAAGCUCUCUGUAGACGAGCCUGAAAACUACACCAUUGGAAAAACCAUUACAGUCUUCUUCUCAGUGAUUAUUGGGUCGUUCUCUUUGGGCCAGGGUGCGCCUAACUUGGAAGCCAUCGCCAAAGCCCGGGGUGCUGCCUAUGAAGUCUACAAUACCAUUGACCAGCCGCGGCCCAUAGACAGCAGUUCAAAGGAAGGUCACAAACCAGACUAUGUGAAAGGAGACAUUGAAUUCAAGAACAUCCACUUCAGCUACCCCUCCAGGAAAGAUGUCAAAAUUCUUCAGGGAGUGAAUCUGACAGUUCCUCGUGGGAAGACCAUAGCUCUGGUUGGAGCCAGUGGAUGUGGGAAGAGCACCACCAUUCAGCUGCUGCAGCGCUUUUAUGAUCCAGAUUCAGGAGAGAUUACCCUGGAUGGUCGGGACAUCCGGACCCUGAAUGUGAAGUGGCUGAGGGAGAAUAUGGGUAUCGUCAGUCAGGAACCUGUGCUAUUCGGAACAACCAUUGCAGAAAACAUCCGCUACGGCAGAGAGGAUGCCACAGAUGAGGACAUCGAACGGGCCGUGAGAGAGGCCAACGCAUACGACUUUAUCUCCAAACUCCCCGAUAAGCUGAACACCAUGGUGGGGGAGCGGGGAGCCCAGCUCAGUGGAGGACAGAAGCAGAGGAUAGCUAUCGCCCGGGCCCUGGUCAAAAACCCGAAGAUCCUCCUGCUGGACGAGGCCACCUCCGCCCUGGACACCCAGAGUGAGUCGGUUGUCCAGGCCGCUCUGGAUAAGGCCAGGGCGGGCCGCACCACGAUAGUGAUCGCCCACCGCCUGUCCACCAUCAGAACAGCUGACGUGAUCGCUGGCUUCAGCAACGGAGAGGUGGUGGAGCAGGGAACACACAGGGAACUCAUGGACAAGAAGGGGGUCUACUACUCUCUGGUCAUGCAGCAGAGUCAAGGGAAGCCAGAGGAAGAUGAAGAGGACCCUGUGGAAGAGGAUAACCCUCCUAAAUAUGAGGAUCUAGAUGAUGUCCUGUAUGACUCAUCUGACAUGGAUGAGCUGGAAGUGGUAAACGAGGAAGGAAUAGAAAACGGCGGCUUUGAAAGGAACUCAAUCAGCAGUGGCCGUGUGGAAAUGAAACUGACCAGGAGGAAAUCUAAGAAGUCCAAGAAAGACAAGAAGAAGGAAAAGAAACCAGAGGAAGCUCCAGACAUCCCCUUCACCAGAAUCCUGGCCUUGAACAAGCCCGAGUGGCCGUACAUGUUAGUAGGAACCCUGUCUAGCUUGGUGGGGGGAGCCGUUUAUCCCUGUGUUGCCAUCAUCUUCGCCAAGAUCAUUGGAGUGUUUUCCGAGGUUGACCCGGAAGUCAAACGACAGAAAACCAUGAUGUUUUCCCUGCUCUUCCUUCUCAUCGGAGGAGUGGCUUUUGUCACCUACUUCCUAAAGGGUUACAUGUUUGGAAAAUCAGGAGAGCUUCUUACCAUGAGGCUGAGGAGGCAGGUAUUCCAUGCCAUGAUGAGACAGGAGAUUGGAUGGUUUGAUGACAACAACAAUGCAGUGGGAGUUCUAACCACCAGAUUGGCCACAGAUGCAUCUCUGGUUAAAGGGGCGACUGGGUCUAGGUUGGGUCUGGCCACCAACACAGUCUGUGCUCUCACCAUGGCCAUUGUGGUGGCCUUCAUCCACAGCUGGCAGCUCACCCUCGUCAUCCUCGCCUGUGUGCCCUUCCUCAUUGGAGCCGAAAUCAUUCAGAGGAGGGCCACGGCAGGCCACGCCUCCAAAGACCAGGGUGCCCUGGAGCAGUCUGGGAAGAUAUCUACUGAGACCGUUGAAAACUUCAAGACAGUUGUUGGAUUGACACGGGAGGACGUCUUCUUUCACAAGUUCAUGGACAGUCUAGAAAGACCAUACCAGAACGGUUUGGUGAAGGCUCCCAUCUACGGACUAACAUUUGCCGUUGUCUUCCAGACGGACUUUGUCGGGGACAUUGAGUUCCGAGGGAUCCACUUUGCGUACCCGACCCGUCAGAACGUGAGGGUUCUCCAGGGGUUGAGCGUGUCAGUGGGGCCUGGUCAGACCCUGGCCCUGGUCGGGGAGAGUGGCUGUGGGAAAAGCACCUCCAUACAACUGCUGGAGCGCUUCUAUAGCCCUGCUGAAGGACAAGUGUUAGUGGAUGGGUUGGAUACUAAGACCCUGAACCUGUCGUGGCUGAGGUCUCAGCUGGGCCUGGUGUCCCAGGAGCCCAUCCUGUUCGACUGCAGCAUCUCAGAGAACAUCCAGUACGGGGACAACAGCAGAGAGGUCUCCCAGGAUGAGAUAGAGGAGGCAGCCAAGAACGCCAACAUCCAUGACUUCAUCAUGGGCCUGCCAGAGAAAUACAAUACCAGGGUUGGGGACAAGGGGACCCAGAUGUCUGGAGGUCAGAAACAGAGGAUAGCCAUUGCCAGAGCUCUGGUCAGACAGCCUAAAGUACUGCUGCUGGAUGAAGCCACUUCCGCCCUGGACACAGAGAGUGAGAAGAUUGUCCAACAGGUUUUAGACGCCGCCCGGCAGGGCCGCACCUGCAUCGUGAUCGCCCACCGCCUGUCUACCAUCCAGAAUGCAGACCAGAUAGCGGUAAUUCAGUAUGGUCAGGUGACAGAGCAGGGUACACAUACUGACCUCAUGGCUAAAGGGGGGGCUUACUAUGCCCUGGUCAACGCACAGGUCACCCACUAACUCAUAUUCAGAUUGAUGUUUUGCAGCGUAUUUACUGUUCUGUUGAAUGUUGUUUUGUGAGCUCUUUUCAUUGAGCUGCACUUCUUAGCCAGGUCCCCCUUGAGAAAGAGGUCUCCUGUCCAUAAUGGGACUUCCUGGUUAAAUAAAGGUUAUAUAUACAAAUGUAUAAAGAAUAAGGAAUCUAUAUGGAUAAUGGUAUGGUAGCCAUAACUCACUUUGAACGGACUACUAAAAUGAUGUUGAAUUGCAUGAUACAAACUGUCUCAUUGUCAGUUGGUUUGAUCACAUGUAGGUGGUAAACUGAAAUGUAGCCUAUUGGGUUCCUGUGCUUUUGGGUUCCUCACUGUAUGACUCACUUUAGCCUAAGGCUGGAACACGGACAUCAGCGUAAAUAAGUCUUGAUAAGCUGCCUGGAAUGAAGGAACUGUUCUUGACCAUGGCACCUUUCAUUGUCUGAAGACAACAAGUACAGUAUGUAUUUCUAUAAGGAAAACAGUAAGACACAUUAUCACAGUUAAAUGACUGGAUAAAAGCAGUGAUUAGGAAAGGUUGUAUACCUGUAAAUAUGAGAGGUUGAUGUUCAGAAGACUGUUGUAUGUUAUUGUAUACUGUGAUAUUUUGAUUAUUUUAAACAGGGACACUAUGCUCUAGAAGGCAAAGUAUGCAUUGAAGAAUAUCUAUAUAUUUAAAUUAGUACGCUAUGUAAGGCUGUUACUUGUUUGUAAAUAUGCAUUCAAAUAAAACAUUAGAUCCCAUAACAUGUUAUUUUUAACCU